CUCCAUUGAUCCAACAACUGGGCAAGAUGCGGCACGCUCUACCGCAUGGUGUUGCUGCUUGGAAGUAACACGUUAGUUCCUGGUCAGACGUGCACACCACUCAAAAACACCGGCGCGUAGGGAUUCCCUGCAUGGACAGUAUUGUGAGAGAAAGCAGCUCAUGAUUCAGACCUUUUGUGUUUGCGUGUCAGUGCAGUAUGUGUCGUGCGUUUCGUGGGUGGCUGAACUCAACCAGCCCCCAGCUUGCUUUGACUCAGUUUGAGUUUGACUCAGCGGUCAGCAAGCACGAGCCUAACACCAUCCCAGGCUCGUGUGCACGUCUGUCAGGAUGCUGUACAGAGAAGAUGAUGCUUUCAACUUCAAGCCAAUCCACGACAAGAACCAAUACUGGCCACAGUACAAGUAGCAGUAGUUCGAUCUGCACAGGCUGCAUCGUUUUGCUGCAGAGUGAAUGGAUGUGGCGUUGAUGGCACUGGCCUUAGAGUCUUAGACUAGACUUGCCCUAUUGCCUUGCAGACGAUUCUUGCAACACUGCAACACUGCAUUAUCACAGUAUACAGGAGCAUUGGCUGCUCACUGCUGGUAGAGCAGCCAGCAACAGUGGCCUAAACUGAAAGAUUUCCUACCUGGACUGAGCCACAGCUAGCUCUUGCACAUCAGUAAGAAGAAAGAGAUAUCUGAGAGAAAGAGAGUAAAGCAAUCCAAGAGUACCAGUGGCCAGGUUAUGCCAUGCAUGCGUAUUCAGCAUGGCUGCAACAACAUCAAGCCUCUUGGACAUGCUGCCUGCGUCGGAGUCUGUUGAUGACGGUGAGCGGUGUGCGGCAAUCUUCCGCCUCGGCACCGUCCUGACUCUGCUACGCGACGGUACGCUGGGUCUGAAGAAGAACGAUCGCAAGUUUGUGCUGAGUAAGGACGGCCGAGACCUGCAAUGGUGGUCGCCGCAGAAGCAAAUCAUGAAAGGACACACACCGCUAACCAACGUCCUUGAGGUCCGUCUCGGUCACACAACAGACUUUUUCAACAAGCUUCAAGACGAUCUGGAGGCAAGCAUGUGUGUGUCGGUGGUAUAUGGUCGACCACACCAGCCCGACAUUCUCAGCUUGCUGGCUUUCACCGAUCGCCAGGCUGAGCAGUUCUGCACUGGUCUGCGCACACUGAUGAACACAGCGGAGACAGGUGCUGCAAAGUCUGAGGAGCUGCAAGAUUCCUGGUUGAAGCAAAUGUUUGUAGCGGCUGACAAGAACAAUGGCGGUACGCUCAGCUUUGACGAAACUCUGGGCCUGCUGCACCGCAUCAAUGCCAACUUAUCAACUAAGCAAGCCAAGAAGCUCUUCAUGGAAGCGGAUGUCAACGAUGGCGGCGAAUCUGGUCUCGAUUUCGAGGAGUUCAAACAGUUUUACCGCAAGCUGUCCAUGAGAGAUGAGCUUUACCACUUGCUCCAGAAAGAAUCGGGCGGCAACUGCGUUCUCAAGCCAGACACACUGCAAAAAUUCCUCGUGACCGAACAACAUAUGGAUGUGACGGAAGAGUUUUGUGCAGGUCUGAUUGAGGAGUACGAGCCAAAUGAGACCUGCAAGGAGCAAAAGCUGCUCUCCUAUGAAGGAUUUGAACGUCUUCUGACGUGUCCGAAGUUCUCUGCAUUCAACUACGACCACCGCAACAAAGUCUACCAGGAUAUGACGCGACCACUGUCUCAUUAUUACAUUGCCUCGUCACAUAACACAUACUUGACUGGUGACCAGCUUCGAUCCAACUCCAGUGUGGAGGCAUAUAUCCGACCACUGAAGCUGGGCUGCAGAUGUGUGGAGUUGGACUGCUGGGACGGACCAGAGGGCAAUCCUAUCAUCUAUCACGGGCACACGCUGACGUCGAAGAUCCGAUUCGCCGAUGUCAUCCGCGCCAUCAACCUCUACGGCUUUCAGACAUCAGAAUACCCAGUCAUCUUGUCAAUAGAGAACCACUGCUCACUUGAACAACAGGCAACAAUGGCGUCCAUCAUGCAGGAAAUAUUUGGUGACAGGCUGGAAGUAGAAAAACCUGACCAAGACAAGGAGCAUUUACCGUCACCGGAGGAGCUGAAGGGGAAAGUACUAGUGAAGAACAAGAAGCUGAGUGCUGCGGCGGAAGAGGAGAACGAGGAGAAUGAGGAAGGUUGGGUGAGCGAUGAGGACGAGGGUGAGGAGAUGUCUGGUGAAAUCAAAGCCAACAAGAGACAGAAGUCAUCCGCAGGCCUGGAUAACAAGAACGCGGGAGGCGGCUUUGAUAGCCGAAGCUCUUCGACCACACGGCGAACGCCAUCACCAGAGGGUGAUGUGAUCGAGGACAUUGACUCAACCUUCGACCCAGACUCGGCAGAUGCAUGGAAGUCGAAGGAAAAGACGCACAAGCUUCUGCUAGCCAAGGAGCUGUCUCGGCUAGUGACCUACGUUCAAGCUGUCAGCUUCAAGGGGUUCGAGGAGAGUCUGGCGAGUGGCAAAUAUUUCCACAUGUCAUCGUUUGGUGAGAAGAAAGCAAUGUCUUGUGCACAGCGGCGCUUUGUGAAGAAGUUCCUUCGCUACAACAGCCGACAACUGAGUCGUAUUUACCCAGCCGGCUCUCGCAUCUCAUCCAGCAACUACAACCCUAUUCCUCUGUGGAAUGCUGGCUGUCAAAUUGUGGCUCUCAACUACCAGACAGACUGCCCGGAGAUGGACUUGAACCUUGCCAAAUUCUACGACAACGGCUGCUCAGGCUACAUUCUGAAACAUGACGCCCUCGUCAAUCCAGCCGGUACGUUUGAUCCGUAUGAGUCGACGUCGUUUGGGUCUCAUUUCCGGCCAAAGGAGGUCUUCCUCAAGAUCAUCUCAGCGCAGCAGUUACCGAAACCGAAGGGUGACGAAAAAGGAGAAGUGAUUGAUCCGUAUGUGGCUGUGCAAGUACUGGGUGCAGAACAUGACACGCGCACUUUCCUCACCAAGUACAUUGAUGAUAACGGCUUCAACCCACGCUGGGACGCGAAGUUCUCAUUCGUGGUGCACGCACCUGACUUGUGCCUGGUUCGCUUUGUCGUGCGUGACAAGGACGUCUUGAGUGCGGAUGAUUUAAUUGGCCAGGUCACAAUCCCACUCAAUUCCAUGUGUCAAGGAUAUCGGCACAUGGAGCUGCUCGGCGAGGGAGUGCAACAUGCGUCAAUCUUUGUGCACAUCAAGAUUGUCGACUAUGUUCCGCCAGCUCCCAAGAGGAAGGGUUUCUUUGGCAGAUUCAGGAGACAGGGCAAAGUUGCUCCCAGGAGACCAGAUGAGGGCCAGGUCCCGCAAGGUGUUAAUGACAAUCUGGGUCGUAGCGACAAGGAUCAAGAGUACCUGACAAACGCCGAUGUUGAUGAUUCCCUGGUGGACAUGCCCACUGCAGUCGACAUUAUCGUGGAGAGCGAGGACAAUGCCGAUGUCGGAGUGGACAUACCGGACGGUGCAGCAGCAGGAGGAGCAGCCGCUGAUGAUGAUGAUGAUGAUGAUGCAUGUGAGGAAGAGAUGGAUGUUGACGACACCGCAGUGGAUAAUGAUGACGAUUGUGGUGUGACAGAGGUGCACAGUGCAAACCUGAACCUUGAAGAUGUCACCACCGUGCCUGAUGCUAUCGAUGCUCACCACGAGCAGGAUAUUGUCGAGCGGCAAGUUGAGCAGGAGCUGGAUGAGGCCAGAGAGCAGGAAAUUGACGCAAAGGAAGCGGCCGAGAAAGCUUUAGCUGAGCCAGCCGACGAGGAUAGUGAUGAUGACUAAACUCUCAUGUGCUGUCCAAUCAUUCCCUACCUUUGUACCAUUUCGUAUUUUGAAAACAAUUGUUUUCCUUCAUUCAUUCGGACGUUUUUCCUUCAAUAGGAAGUAAUAAAUGCUUCCCCGAUGGCAUCAUUUCUUAUCAAAUUCGCCUCUCUAUUAUAUAGAUAUUAUCAAUGAGAAUAGACACUUGCUUGGGUUGGAGUCAAUACAGUGCUCACUAUAGGUAGCAAUGAACCUAGAAAUACACCCAACAACUAUCUACUCUAUAUUUUGUCGCAGAGUAGAUUCCUAUUGAAUGCAUGCCAAGCGUUGAACCAUUUUUAUUUCCUGCUUCACUUGUACAAUAGUACAGUACCAGUGUGGGUUUCAAGCAGCUGCGUGCGAUGCAUAGUCUCGUGCUAUUGAAACUUGCUACUGUGUUGAUGCAGCUGUUGUCCUGCCGCUGUCCCGCAUCACCUAUUGAUCAAAUAAAGAUGUGUGCAGAGGUGCUGGAGAAUUCCUCCAUUUAAGAAAACCAAUCGGCACAGUGAGUCAAACACGCUCUCGUGCGCACCA